UAUUCGUGUUACAAUGAAAACUGUAGCUUUUUUACUUCUUCUGCAGUCUUUUCUAUCUAUAAAAGAAGUUUUUGGAAAUGAUAUGCUUGAAAAUGAUCCAGAUAAAGAUUGCAUGAUUAAGUUCAAGAAUUGCUUCUUGUCUAGAAAUUGUGAAUCAAGAGUAAAAUCGUUGGAUUAUUAUUGUUGUAAGAAGUCAUUCGAGAAUGGCACAUACGACGAAUCACUUGAAGAAGAGUGUCUGGAUAACAGAAUGUUAACUGAUCUUUACGACUGUUUGGAUAUGCUUAGUGAAAAAUGCGAGAAAAAUAUAAUGAAGUAUUUUACAAUGAAUGAAGAAAAGUUUGCAAAAAUUGAAGCUGAGGUAAAAGAAGCUAUUGGAACUCCAGAAAGCAUAAAAGAUUGUGUUCAUUAUGCAGAAAGAGUUGAAAUGGAAGAAUGCUUGUUUUGUGUUGAUAAAGACGAUAACGAUAAUGUGUAUGGUUUUAUAUGCGAUAUUAUCCGUUCAACUAGAAAAUCAUCACCUUAUUGUACAAGAGAAAAGAAAUGUAUGGAUGUCUUUAAUAACUGUAUGUUAUCUAAAAUUACAGAAGCACAAUUAAACAAAAUUGAUGUAAAAUGUUGUAAACAAGUUCUUAACAAACCAGGAGAUUAUUUCGAGAAUAAAGACGAUUGUAUAGAAGAAGAUAUCUUACCGGUACUAAUGGAAUGUGUAUUGGAUAAUAAACAAUAUGCACAUCAAAUACUAAACUAUUAUAGCAAGAAUGAGGAAGCUAUCGAUGAAUUUGACCAAAGUGUAAGAAAUAAAACUGGUAUUCCUCCAGACGAAAGCAAAUGCAACGAUUAUUAUGAAAAGGAAAAGAGAAUAACAUUAGAAAAAUGUUUGUUUAACGACAAUAAGGAUCUAUUUCCUUUUUGCGAAUUACUUCAAAAAUUAUUAUUGAACAAAGAUUCUAAUAAUUAUAUUCAAUAUGGGAUGAAUAACAAACUGAAAAAAUAACUUCUUCGAAGAUUAGGAGAAGAAUAAUAGCAA